GCUUAAGUUACCGCCAACGACGUAAUAAUCGCAGUUGGAGUUACACUAAUAAUACAGGCCUAUCUGACAUACUGGACCACUCGGUUUCAGGAUUUUGUUGUGUCAAUAGUAGUGGUCCUGCGACUGUUAACUAUAUCGUCUGCUGCAAAUUACAGCACGUGUCGCGUUGAGCGGAAGCGCGUCCUAUUGGAUACCAUCAUCGGUUUUGGCACUGAAUGGUCGUUCCAUCUUAUCGCCACUCCGCAACAUAUCACUAUCAGCCAGCAUCCUUCUGCACCGUCGCAUAUUAUCCUGAUACUUCUUUCGAGGACCCUCGUUUACUAGCGUCAUGGGUUCUACCAGGACGACGUCGACCCCGACGAAACGGGGAGCUCCAAGUGCAAGCACGGGCGCGCAGACAGCGUCUGCCAAGAGGAAGAGAGCUACAGCUCAAGAGCUUAGUGCAGCUCCCAUAUCACCCCGAUCGGUAAGAAGGAAGGGAAAUGCUGCAAUGGCAGCCUCAGGCAGAGUCGAUCUCAUCGAUUUGACUGAUGAAUCGUCACCGGUAUAUACUUCGCCCCGAAAGAGGGCAACGACAGGCUCGUCCUACCUUGAGGAAGUGACAGAGCGCCGUGCUAGGAGAUUCCGCAAUCACCCUCCAAAUAGCUUUAUAGAAAAGCUGAUGCGAGCUACUACUCAACGGAUGUAUGUUGUCGGUCAGACCAGGACGGGUACUGAUACCGUCCCCGAGGGGCAAUUCGACAUGGUUGGCACUACGGGCAAUAUAUAUCGAGUCAAUAUAGGGAAGGUGCCAUCAUGCUCUUGUCCGGAUGCACUCAAACGUUCUGACUUGUGUAAACACAUUAUCUACGUUCUUGUGAAUGUUCUGAAGGCCCCAGAGCAUCUGCAAUAUCAACUAGCUUUCCUGUCCUCUGAACUUCGCGAGAUCUUCCAAGGAGCGCCCUCGAGUUCGCAAGAGAAUGCCUCCGCAGAAGAUACGUCGGGAAAGAGAAAACCGAUCGAGGGUGAUUGCCCGAUCUGCUUCAUGGAAUUUGAUCCAAAGACCGAAGAAAUAGUCUGGUGCAAAGCGGCAUGCGGCAACAACGUGCACAAGGUGUGCUUCCAGCGGUGGGCCAUGACGCAGCGUGCAAACGGAGUCCGCUGUGUAUACUGCCGCUCCGACUGGCAAGCCGACGAAAAAGGACUUGAACUCUCGACUCUCCUACAACAUGGCAGGAUCAACAACGAAGGAUACGUCAACGUCGCUGAUCAACUUGGUAUCUCUGGUGAACGUGGUAUGCGACCGUCUCUGUAUUUCGCCCGUUUUCAGUCCCCUUGUCGGAUCAAAAGCUAACUGAUGAUCUUUCUUUUCUUCUUUCUCUGCAGAUUAUUCAACCUACUAUCAGCCUUGGGCACGCCGGCGAUACUACUCUUAUGGCUGAGCUAGAGGUUAGUGUCUGAUAGUUGACGUUUCCGUUUUUGUGUGCUCGAUUUCGUCACGGGGCGUUUAAAUGGACAAGUGGAAUGGCGGUUUAGCAAGGCGUUUUGGAGACGAGUUCGAUUAGGAAUUUGCUUGUCAAGAGGUGCUAUAGUUAAUUGCCUGGGCUUUGAAUACGAACAUUG